AUGCCGCAAUCCGUGAUGUUCGGCGAGGAGGAGGAUGAGCCCCAUUUGACGCCCCAGCUGCAGGAUCACUACGAGACAGAGGCCGAGGUGCUGGGCCUGCUGGUGGAGCUGGAGGCGCGCUACCGCGACUUCUACAACAUGUAUCUGUGCGAGGUGCAGGCCCAGAAGAUACUCAUCGAGCGAGUGUGGCUCCUGACGCAGCGAUACCUCAUUCUGAUCAGCUGUGUGAUCGGCUGUCGCUAUCCAGAGGUCUACACCCUCUCCACGGAGGAGGCACUCGUCAAUGAGUACGAGGAGAAGCUGGAAGUCCUGCGAACCUCAAACAACAAAAUGAAACGCGCUGUCCUCGAGCUGGACACCCACUGCAAGCGGUUCUAUGCGGCCUACGAUCGCCUGAACAAGUCCCUGGAGACGCCCCUGAUCAUGGGCGAUCCCAGCCACCGCUGCAUACAGCACCACAAGAUAAUGGCCGUCGAUAUAUUCAACUACUUCCAUGCCACAGUCCUCAAGCUCAAGUGCUACAUGCACCAGCUGGACCCCCUGAAUCUGGAGAGCGUCGAGGAGUACCGGGAGCUGCUCAAAACCGAGGCCCAGUGCGAGGAGUUCGAGGGGCAUCUGAUGGAGAAUUUCGUCUACUGCAAGUGUCUCCACAAGCGGCCCACGUGCCCCGUCGAGAAGCUCAAGUGCUACCACCACAAUAUCGCAAAUUUGAAGUACAUUAGUCGCAUCUAAGCGAAUCACUAAGCCAGCAUCUAGUGGCUAAUCAAUGAUAAUUAAUAGAUAUUUUUAUUUUCCUGUCUCUAAAGCACAGAGAAGCCAUUGUUCUGGGCAAUCAAUGUAUCUUUUAAGUGUUCUUUUUAUGGCUCGGGACAACAAGUGAUUCUGCGUUGCUU